UCCACACACUGCUGACAGCUACGAUCAGUACGUAUUCAGUGCUCAAGCGACGACGACGUCGUGUGGUGCGCGCCUCCAGCAGACGAGAGAGUAGGAAAAGCUGGGCAAAGAACGAUUCAUAUUAUCCAGACCAGUUUUUCGCCGUCAAUUGUGUCGGGUCAAUAAGCUUCACAAAAUGACCACCGCCGAGAAACACGCACGUUGGUACUUCGGUGGCAUUGCCAGCGUCGGCGCGGCAUGUACAACACAUCCUUUGGACUUGCUGAAGGUUACACUACAAACACAACAGGGCAAAUUGUCUAUAAUAAAGCUGGUGCAAAAAGUCAUACGGGAGCAGGGCGUGCUGGCAUUCUACAAUGGUCUAUCCGCCUCGAUAUUACGCCAGCUUACCUAUUCAACGACGAGAUUUGGCGCAUACGAGUUGGGCAAAGAUUAUAUCAACACGGACACGUUUGGCGGCAAAAUAGCAUUGGCCGGACUAUCCGGUAUGAUUGGUGGUAUCUUUGGCACUCCCGCCGAUAUGAUAAACGUGCGCAUGCAAAACGAUGUCAAGCUGCCCCCGGAGCUGCGAAGAAACUACCGCUGCGGAUCGGAUGGCAUUGUUAAGGUGUACCGAACGGAAGGCUUUAGGAAACUUUUCGCUGGCGGCAGCACAGCAACGCUUCGCGGCAUUUUCAUGACCAUCGGCCAGAUUGCAUUUUAUGAUCAGAUUAAGUCAUCUCUGCUGGCGACGCCCUAUUUCCACGACAAUCUGAUCACACACUUCACGGCCUCACUGAUGGCUGGCACAAUUGCCACAACGCUAACACAGCCCAUGGAUGUGCUGAAGACGCGUUCGAUGAACGCCAAGCCGGGCGAGUACAAGGGCCUAUGGGAUAUUGUGCUCCACACCGCCAAAUUGGGCCCACUUGGCUUCUUCAAGGGCUAUGUGCCGGCAUUUGUGCGACUUGGGCCGCAAACGAUACUGACAUUUAUGUUCCUAGAGCAGCUGCGAUUAAAUUUUGGCUACGAGAAGAAAAGCACAAUACGUCCAGUCAGUAGUGCUAACAUUCCAGCUGCAACUCGUCCAACAAUGUGAAGCGAGCACGACGUAGUUUUAGACAAUGCUAAUUUAAAAAUUUGCUGCUGUGGCGAUUUUACUAAAAUUCACAUAUCUCAUAUUUUUUAAAUGUGAGGGGUUAUCUAAAUUUUGAUCGUAUUAUGAACAAAAUUAAAAGUUGUUUUGCCUGUGUGGAAAAUA